AUAUUGAUACUGUGGUGGAAGGAUGUUGGGUAAAGAAUUAUGUGGUGUGUGGUCAGAAACAAUAUUCAACAGGGAAAAGGAGGGGCAGGAAAAAACGGUGAUGUCAGCAGGGAAGAAGAGGAGGGAGGACCGCCUUGCCUUUUCCUUUUUCCUCCUCCUCCCUCUUCCCCCUCCUCUUAUCAGUGUGGUAGAGAAAGAGAGAAGGGGGAUCAGUAGGUGAGUGGACAAAGGAUUAACAACUGUGCCAGUGGAUAUAGAUGGGGGAAGAGAAAAGUGAAAAUAGACCAGGAUAGCGAGAAGAGAAGUGAACGAGUUGCCAAAAACAGUGAGAGAGUAAAAGAGAAAAGAAAGUGAGAGAUCAGAAAGUAUACCAAAUAAGAGUCUACUUGGCGCAAGGACUGAGCACUUGUUUCUGGAAUUGGGUGGACCCAGCGCUAGAACGACUUGACAUCAACCACCACAGCUACCAUGUACAGUGGAUAUGGAGGGAGUCCAUCCCGAACUCUCUCCACCAUGUCGCUAUCCGUUCACCCAGUCAGACGCCUCACCUCCAGAGCUAUCACUAGGAGCCAGAGCUUCACUGGAGUCAACACCUAUGACAAGCCCUAUAGGAACCUCUCAGUAUUCAGCACUCCAGGUCUCAGCAGGAAGCCCAGCAGAGCCGUCAGGAUGUUUACUGUGUCCACCAAGUCCAACCCACCACCUAAAUUUCCUCAACCAGAGCGACUGGAUCAGGUCUAUGAGGCAUUGAAGAAUGGCCUUCAGUCUUACUUGCAGGUUCAUCAGAUGGACUUGGACAGCCUCAGCAGACAGAUGAAAGAAUCAAAGAGGAAUUCCAGACUGGGUUUCCUGUAUGAUCUGGACAAGCAAGUGAAGGUGACUGAGAGGUACAUAAGACGACUGGAGUUUCACCUCAGCAAGAUUGAGGAGCUAUAUGAAGCCUACUGCCUGCAGAGGAGACUCAGGGAUGGAGCCAACAAGAUGGUGAAGGCUUACACUGCCUCUCCAGGCAGUAAGGAAGCCAGGGAGAGUUUAGCAGAAGCCAUUAAAGGAUACAAAGAGUACACAGAGAACAUGUGUGUGUUGGAGAGUGAGUUGGAGAACCAGCUGGGGGAGUUCCAUAUUAAGAUGAAAGGUCUGGCAGGAUUUGCUAGAUUGUGUGCUGGUGACCAGUAUGAGAUCUUUAUGAAGUACGGUCGGCAGCGGUGGAAGCUCCGAGGCAGAAUAGCGAUCAAUGCCAAACAGGUGUGGGACAGUGAAGACAUGGUGUUUCUGCCGCUCAUCAGUGAGUUCCUCUCUGUGAAGGUGACAGAGCUGAAGAGCUUAGCCAAUCACGUGGUUGUAGGAAGUGUUUCCUGCGAGACUAAGGACCUGUUUGCUGCACUACCCCAGACGGUUGCCGUGGAUAUCAAUGACCUUGGGACUAUUAAGCUAAGCCUCGAAGUCACCUGGAAUCCAUUUGAUAAAGAUGACCAGGGGUCAGUUGCAAGCACUGUCAACAAAGCUCCAACCGUCAGUAAGAGAUUCUCAACAAUCUUUAAUCAGAGUCCACCUGACACGCCAUCUUUACGUGAACAAGCCUUCUAUUCUCUGCCUCGGAGUCUGAGCAGGCGGGAGUACUGGCCGCUGCUGGACAUCUUCAGAGACACACUUAGCCAGAGCUGUUCCUGUAGUGACAAGUCACCAACAAGACAGCCCACUGCAAACAUGCUACGUCGGCGUGAAGAGAAUGGAACAGCGUGGUCUAAUUCAUCUGAAUCUUCUGAUGACUCCUCCAGUCCUCAGCUGUCUGUGGGAGGGCUACGCAACUCUUCACAUCAAAAGGUGGUGGUGACACCAGAGAUCCAGCCAGCUGAAUCUGGAAGUUCCUCCCCACGGCCUGACAUCUCAUUUUGCCCCAGAGACUCCUCCUCGACAACUCAAAACUCUACCCACAAAGUCAGCACUGUCAGUGAGGUUCCCAGCAUAUCCAAACAUCAAGCAGUAAGCAACAGGGAAGAGGGGAAGCGGACAGUCACAGUGAUGACAAAACCUGACAGUGAGGAAGAGGAUGCAGGGAAACAGUCUCCAAUAGCAACAGUGGAUGGGGUGGUGACCAACAGCCACACCUCACACAGCUACUCACGCUCUCUGAGCCACAUUAGUGAAAGCAGUGCUGAUGGCAUUGUAUUGACGGACAGGUCAGCCGGCGAAUCAGGGGAGGUGAUGUCUUUAGCCUUGGGGCUCUCCAUCAAUGACAUUGAAAUGGAUGUGGUCAUCAGAACCCCUGAGCCACCCAGAUCUGCUGCCAUAGACACUAACCUGUCACCAAGGAGGCUCUGUGUCAUCAAAGAAAACACAACAGCUGGCGAUGUCACAGAUCAACAUCAACAUACAAAGCAACAGGAUACAUCCAGCUCUGUCCUCACAUCCUCCUCUCCCAGGAGUGAAGGAGUGGACUCUAACACUCCGUCAAAAAAUGAACACACACCCACACCUAGAGUGCUCCCAGAGAGCGGGGAUGUGAUGUAUGUAGCCCAGCGGGUGUCGGUGGAGGAGGAGAUGCCAGGUGCAGGAGCAGAUUGUCUGUCCAGAGAGGUUGAUGGUCCGGUGGACAGUGGGUUGGAGGACGCCCUGGGAGCUGUAGUUUCCUCUCUGGAUGAUUACAGAGGACAGUUCCCUGAGUUACAACUACUGGAACAAGAGCUGAAGCUGCUGCAGGUUACACUGAAGGGCGGUAGGCAUAGCCGUUCACCCAGUGUGGUCAGCCUCACAGUUGAAACAGCUCUGGGCAGCUUUGACUUCCUCAACACGUCUGACUGGGAGGAGGAACAGGAGGAGAAGGGCGACAAGAGGAGUAGAAAUGGCAGGUCUCUGCAGGACAGAGGCUGGGACAGCCCCUCCUCUCCCGCCUCGCCCCUUACCACAGGCUACACUACUCUAGACUGCUCCCUGGUGGCCCACCUGAAGAACUGUAGCAGAGAGCUGUUGCGUCUGGGUAUGUUUGGUCCUUUGCGGUGUGGAGAGAUGUACGCCUUAGACAGACUGCUGAGAGAGGCUCAAGUCCUCGAAAUUAUCCGACGCAUCAUCAAGGACAACCCAAGACGUCUCAGACAGCCUGCUGAAGUGAUACCACAGCUGGGCCUGUGCUUGGGAGCUGUGUCACUAUGGCAACAGUGUGUGGGCCGGGGCAGUGUGUACAACAUCUCUGCUGAGAGCUUCCUGGUUACGCUGUCUACAGUCUACUCCAGCAUACUGCCUGAGAGGGCCAGCAACAUGGCCGACAAAGUGUUCUUGUGUCUGGUUGAGCGAGUGCUGGAUCAGAGGUUACAACGGCGAGGCAGCAACAGAGACAGAGUGAUGGUGACGCUCUUCCAGCUGUGGAGUUACUUGGAGGCCAACAACAUCAGUGACAUGGAAACACACAUCACUGAGCUGGCAGAAGAAGUGUGGUUGGUGCAGAGCCUGGCGUCAUGUGACCAGGAUGUGAUAGUCCACGCUCUGCGGCAUCCUGCAGAGUGCAGCCUGAGGAGGGAAGGACUUCACGCUGUAGCCAAAUUACUGAAAGACCCACGAGGCAAAGUGUCAGCCUCUGCCAGCUCUGUACUGAGAAGCCUGGUUUCCCAGCCCAGACAGAGAGAGCAGGCUUUGGUCAGCUGUUUGGAGCUGCUGGAAGAUGAGAAUGUGGACAGCAGAGUCUGUGGAUGCAAGGCCUUAGCUUGUCUCAAGGCCAAAGAAAGUAUUGACCAGUUAGUGUAUCUUUGUCGGACAGACAAGGAAGAAGUUCGAGAUGCUGCCAAACAAGCGCUGCUAGUGCUUGGCGAGGAGGGGAAGAUGGCCCACAGACACGUGGAGACGUCUCAGGACAGCAUACAGAGACUCUUCGCUCCAGGAAGCAUGGCCAGCACAGCUUUCUAACACUACACACACACAGAGACACACACACACUGGGUAGGAAUAAAACCACAAAGUCAGCAACACACUAUUAAUGUCGUGCUUUGACACAAUGUUAUGAGAAUAUACAGCAUGCUGUUCUUCUACCCAAUUACUACCACUAAAGCAUACAAAGACAAAUAUAAUAUAUGAUAUACAGUAUAUACACUGUCAGAGAGGUUGCAAUAAUACUCACAUCAAGGAAAGCAACACCACUGAACACUGGGCAAACAUUUUAAGUCAGUAAGCUACAAACACACCAGUUUAUGUUCAUCAACCUGUGCUAACUACUCUGAUAAAAUCAGUAUCAGACUGUAAAGAUGCUGGGAAGAAUGUACAAUGUGAGCAGACUUGAAUGGAAGAAGGGAUAAAGUAAGGGAUAGAAGGAUGAAAUGAAUAUACAGAAGGAAGAAGAUGUGGAGGAGUUAAGAGGACAGGGAGGAACAUGUCUGUGUUGCCCUGAGUCAUAUUCAACUCAAAUUGCUGGACACUCCUUGCUAUCGCAGUCAUGUCCUUCCAUUGCCCAGAUACAAAUACAUUAUUUUGAAGCAACAUAGCAAAAGUCUAGAAAGCUAUUUAAAGUCACUUUAUUUUAUUUCCAUUUUUAGAGCCUACUUAGUGCCCAAAAUGUACAAAAUGUUGAGUUUCUUGUAUUUGUGAUAAGUUUUAUUACUUUGACUCUCUGUGGUUUUGACUGGUUACAUGAUGAGCCAGUAGGCAUACACAGAGUAAAUAUCCCAUUACACAGUAUAAUGCUACCCCUACCAAUGCAUACCCCUGUAUAAAACUAUUUUUCUGAAUGAACACUGCUGUCUCUAGUUUAGGCUGAAAGUGUUUUUUAACAAUCCUGCAGAUGGACAACUUAUUCUGUGAAGUGACAUGCCUGCAAACUGAACAUUAAUGACAGUAAAUUACUUUUCUCAUACAGUUCUGCCUUUAUUAUAGACAUUGGGUCUAUUUAUGCUUGUGGAUUUUAAUUUUUGGCAGAUAGCUGUGGUUACCUGUCUGAAGUACUUGCACCAAGGCUGUAGUCAAGACCACUUAAGACAAGUCCAAGUCUGAGUGGUUUUGAGACCGAGUCAAGGCAGAGUCCAAAUGAAACCAAAUCAAGACUGAGACCAAAAAAAUAAAACAGUGCCCAUUCAAUAUUCUUCAUACUGUUGUUUGUAAAUCUGCCUAAAUGUUGCUUUAUUUGCUCACUGUGAUUUCUGAUUACUACUCUUAGAAAUAAUCAAAUAGUAUUAGAAACAAAAUAUUCUUGCACAAUGUUACAAACUAACUAUGAAAUUAUUAUGUCUGUCCACAUACAUAUGCAUAAAUCUACAUGUUUAAAAUGAGGAUUCUUGGUUGUUACAUGGCAAAGACACACUAUGGAAAGUAGUAAGUGACUUACUUAGUAAGCACUUGUCAAUGACAAUGCAGAACAGUUAAGGUGAUAUUAAAGAAUUUAGUGCCUCUGGCGAACAGUGACUGACAGCAGAACUACAGGCUGGUAGGCAAUAACACUCACAUGACCAAGAGAUAACUGAAAACACAUGUGAAGACCAGACUAAAGACUGCGACCAGACUCGAGUACUACAGCCCUGACUUGCAACAUUGCAAUGUACUUCAGAAUGGAUGAGCUAAAACUGUAGAGGAGGUCACCAUGGCUACACUUGAUUGGUGCAUAGAAACUGUGAUUGACUCACUUAAAUAGGAAAAAGUAUUGGUUUGUUCUCAAAAUAUAGAUAUUCUUUUUCAUUGCAGGAACAACUAGCAGAUUAUUGAGAGUGUGAGCUCAUUAAGAUCCAUAGCGACAGAAACAUCACUCUACAUCAAGUAUUGGUUUAAAGUAUAGGUUCGGAUUUUUUCAAAUCUGUCUUAUUUGACUUAAGAGUUAUUGGUUGCUGUAGACAUUGUUCCUCGCCGUUAUGGCUAUGAGCUUUGUGGCAUGACUUCAAACAAACUAGUUUAUACAACGUGUCGUCUGACUACAUCUAAAGGCAAAAGUAUUACUACCUGUUCUGAAUAGGCUCACUCGAAGGUGGAGUAAAAAGCCUGCCGUCAUAGCCUCCUUCUGGCUGUAUCCCAAUGCUUCCCUGAUCUCUCUCCACGUUUUGUGUAACUCUGUAGUCUUGACACAAUGAAUCAUACAAACAUGGAUAACGUUGCACCUUCACGGUGUUGCACCUGUUUGUUAACACAAAAAGUGACAGAAGUAGUUGUGUGAAGAAUGAAAAAGGAGAGCUUGACAGAAAUGUUAAAACCGUGCCUACUUUCACACCUCCAAACACAUGGCCAAUCACUGCAUGAGGCGGGUGUGAUUGUCAGGUUGUCAAUUUCAGAAACUUGAAAAAAAAACAAAAAUUGUCGGAGGCAAAGGGGGUUUAAGAUGCUGUAAGAGCGACAACCACUUUGUUUGAAGCAUACUGAGAUCUUAAGAGAUGGGGUACAAAACACACAGUCCUCGCUUUGUGCAAAAAUGCAUUCUUAUUCUGCCCUCUGGUAGCACAGCAAAAAACACUUUUGUUCCUGCAUUGAAAAAGAAAUAGAAAAAAACAAAUAUGGAAUCCAUCUUUUAAGAUUUUUAUUUUUGAGUGCAAACUAGUACUUGUUCCUACUGAGCUGAACUUAAUGCGUGUUGCAUCACAGAGUGAGCAUCAAAAUCCUGAUUUAGUGGUUGACUUCGGAGUGUCCUGUAGGUCAUAGGACUAUGCCCUGGGAAGCAAAGAAAUUAAUGAGAUUUUCAAUGGAUUGUAUUUGUUGAUAUGAUAUGAAAAUAUGUUGUAUGUUCUUUUACAUUCUUCCUGGAUGUGCUCAGGAUGCCAUAUUGUGGGUGAUGCAGGGACGAUGCUCUGGAUACUGUAGAUUCAACAGCUCAAACAGCUGCAGUAAUUGCCAGCAGCAUGUUUCAAUUGGCAGACUUACACAGAUAACUGGAAAAAAAAAACAUUUGCUUUCUAUCCCAUAUCUGCAACACUACUACUGCUGGCUUAUUAACUGUGAAUUGUCUUCCAAUUCAAAAGAUAAAAACAAAAGCUCUGUCUCGCAGGCCUUUAUGUCACACUGUAGUUCUGUAUAAAGGUUUGAGACUGUAGAAAACUUGUUAAGUUGUUUCCCUACAGAGAAUGAUUUAAGCAAUUCAGUGCCAUUACUCUUUACAAUUAUGAAAUGUCUUAUUCUUUAUGGAAAUACAUAUAAUAUGACUCUAAGCCACUGGAAUUCAAUAUUCUGUGAUUGUAAAUUGGUUUUAUCUUAGCAGAGUCUUAAUUCGUAAAUGUAUUCUUUGUUUUAUGAGAUACAUCUUUACUGUUUUAAUAAGUUUAUUUUCCAUCAUACAUUCAAUGCAUCAGUUUGAUUAAUUGAAUGACACUACUUUCUGUGGGACUUAAAGCUAGGGUAGGUAACAUUGGAGAAACUAGCAAGAGACAGCUAGAUUUUGAAAGUAUCCAACCAAAAAAAUCCCAGUCCCUCCCUUCAGGGCUCCCCCCAAAGCCACUCCCACAAAACACAUUUUCAUGCGCAAAGAGUGCAGGGGCAGAGUGCACAGAGGUAGGUAGGUAGACAGGCAGGUUGGCCAGUCAAGGCCUGCGACAGCCACAGAUACUGGAUUUAUAAUUUAAACAAAUUCAGAGCAUUUGAUUUAUUGAUUGCUGUCUGGAUGUAAAUAUCAACAAAUAUAACAAAAAAUUAUGAAACGAAAUGAACGAAAAAUGAUAAAUGGGGUGGCAUUCUGUUUGGAGUCACUGAAUAUUUGCAUUACUGUCACAGACUGCUGUGGAGGACUUUGUCUUUUGAGAAGGCAAAGACAGAUCACUGAGUAGACAUAGAUUGGUCCAUCCAGGUCUGGGAUCAGCUCACUUUAAACUCAGAUCAAUAACAGUUGAACCUCAAACAGUAAAUCAUUAAAAUGUCUGACUUUUAAAAAGAAUAAGAAUUUCCAUUUGUCUGCUGUGUUAGUACUGGCAUCCUUAAACAUUUAAAUAUGAAUAAUUAUAGUAGAACUGGAUUGAAUUUCAAACAAAUUAGCCCCAGACAUGGAAUCAUAAAUGAUUAAAGGGCCAUGCCAGUGGUUUUGCAUGCUUAUGCUAUUUACUACAAGUAACAUACUAAAAUAUUUACAAUGCUGCUGACCAUUUUCCAAAGCACAUUGCAUUCCCCAGAGAACAACAUUGAAGACCUUAUUUUGUAAUUAUUGACAUCAUAAUUACAAGAUGUGUACCUUAUAAUUAUGAUUUAGUGACUCAUAAUUACAAGAGUUGUAAUUGCAAACAAUGACCUUGUAAUUACAAGAUGGUUCCCUCAUAAUUAUGAUAUAGGAUCUCAUUAUUUUGAGAUAUUUUCUCACAAUUAUGGAAUACAGAUUUUGGAAUUAUGAGCUACUAAGUAAUAGUUAAAGGGAUAUGGACUCCAUUUUUUUCAGUUUGGUGAAUACAAUUUGUUUACAUUCCGAAGCAUAGCUUAGUGUUUUAGAUUUUUGAAUUGUGCUUAUUUUCCCUCAAGGUAGACAGUACAAGUACAGGAUCAUCACAGUAAACAUCAUGUCUACAACAACAAUGUAACAAAAUUUGAACACAAAGCUGAUGUUCACUGUGAUGGAUUACCAAACUAAACGAAAGUUCCAGCUCUUUGUAACUUGAUACUGUACAAAUCAAAAUGUACAACACUAUAAGUUUGGGAAAACUUAUACCAGCAUGAAGUUAAGAAGAAGAAGUUGUGUUUUUUUGUGAAUGGGUAAAAAAAAAAAAAAAGCAAAAACACAUUCUUUUAACAGGGGCAAUAUUUCUAAAGAGUUGACCUAAAUACCUGCAUAACUAAUGACAUCCCCAUCAGUCUCAGCUGUACUUUGUGUUUAGUGCUUAUUAGCAAAUGUUAACAUGCUAACACACUAAACUAAAAUGGUAAACAUUAUACCUGCUAAACAUCAGCAUGUUAGUAUUGCCAUUGUGAAUAUGUUAACAUGCUGAUGUUAGCAUACAGCCUCACAGUGUCGCUAGCAUGGCUGUUCUACAGUUUUUUUCUUUUGUUUGAGCUUUUGUACCACUAUCCACACUUUGUUUCUUUUUGUGUAACAACAGUGUCCAUUAACAUCACACAAAAAUGUAGCAGUUUUAGUCUGACUGCUUUCCAACAUACUCAAAACACUAGUUAGAAUUUGUGUAUUGUGCCAACCUUGUAUACUUCCCUUAAACUGAUUAAGAUGUUCUUGGCAACAUAGUACUGAGAAUCUACUUCUUUAAGACUGUUAUGAGAAACAAAUCAGUAGUUAGGAUGUAAACAAGGAAUAGGGCCAUGACUUGAAAAAAAAAAAAUUUGAGUUAUGACGAAAAAGAAACUUCUAAGAUCAAAGUAAGAAUCCUCAUGUUAAUGUUAGAUAUAAUAAUCAGAAUUUGGGCAGAAAAAUAAAUUCAGAAAAUAUCAGAAAUCUGAUAAAGAAAAGACCUUUUUUUUCAAGGAACUCUGAGCUUAAUUCAGAAUUUCGUAUUCAGGGAUUAAUCUCAGAACAAAUAGUAUUGUGUUUAGGUGAGGGGUGAUCAGACAACUAGCUAGUUGUAUACUGUGUUCAAUUUGGAUGUUUAGUUUAAUAUAGCAUAUUAUAAGCGACACGCUGCAUUGUCACUGAAAUCAUAAUACAGGACUGAUGUCAUGUGGGGUGACUCUGUACUGUAUAUAUAUGAUGGCUACCACUGUAUUCAAUGUACUUACCACUAUUAGUUUCAAUAGGACAGCAGCAAUCUGCAGCUAUACCUCUGCAUCCAUAAAGCAUCUCAGUGUUUAAGUGCCUCGAAGUUUGAUAGUAACACAGAUGCAAUAAAACAUAGAUGAGAUACUUUAUUUAAGAAUGAAGAGAGUGUGAAGCAAUGGAAAACCAGUGCAUCACAGUAUAUAUUUUUUUCCCACAAAGAUAAAUUGUGCAGCAUUAGAUACAAAAUGUUUUAUACUUUUUUCCUUCUCUAAAAUAUAUUUCCAGCCAUUCUGGUGUCAAAUACAUACAUAACUAUUAAAAAUGUGUUUAAAGAUUGUCUUGUGCCAUUUUUUGUUAAUUAUACUGUGAGCUGCACAUACAUACAAAUAACAAAUAUUCUGACUGAGACCUCCUGCGCUUCCCUAAAGUUAGGGAAGUUUUGAGAUAGUCAGUUGCUUUAGGUUGUGGGAGCAUCAGCAGACAUCUCCUAAAACAGUGACGCUACAACAGUAGCUAUAGUUGUAACUUCUGAUUUGUUGGGUUGGCAGAUUCACAAUAUGUGUUUGUUAUUUUAUUAUUUUAAAUAGUUUUGCUGACAUCCACCUCAUGAUCAUUUGUCUGAGGACAUUGGGUGCCUUUGGGCUACAAUAGGAUUUUGCCCAGAGAGCACAGGAUAUUAUGUAUGCUGCUUUCACGGCAUAUAUGAAAGUUUGGAUGCCAUAUUGAAGAGAAUACCUCUUAGCUCAAAUGUGCAGGUAAAUCACGAGGAUCAUGACUGAAGCCAUGUCAUUCAUCCAUUGAUUAAUAAUUGAUGGACAUAUGUGAUUGUACAUUCAAACUAAUUUAUAGUUCUCAAAAGGCAGUGAAUAAAGAUUUAUGUGGA